AUGAAACAAGACGCAUCAGAAGAAAUUACUAUUGAAUUUAAUCCCCUAGACAGAAGUACACAAGGCCGAGAUUCUCUCCCGGUUUCACCUUCUAGUGAGCAGGAUACUACACCCAUGAUCACUAGAAAGCGAGAAAGCAUUGAUGAUGAAAGUAAUACCUCCGUUCGUUUCGAUCCUGCAGUCAUGAAUCAUCAUUCUUCAUCGGGAAGGGUCGAUUGGAUGAACCGACUUAAAAUUUGGCUUGCCACGUUGAACGAGCCUACCACACGUCCAAAGUGGUAUUCAUUCAUUUCUCCACAAGGAAAAGAUUAUUUGCAAGCAAUUGCAAAGGCAAAGCAAGAACAAAGAGCCCUUGAAGCUGCAUCACCCUCUUCUACACCAACACCAAAUUUAGUUGCGGCAUUGUAUAAGUUUGAUGUACAGAAUAAUUCAGUGGCUGAGAAUUAUAUUUUGUCUCCAUUUUGGAAUUAUUUAACCGCAAAUGUUUUUCCAGAAUGGCUUGCUCCUAAUACUAUCACAUUAACUGGUUUUAUUUGCAUGGCAUUGGCGUUUGCUCUGGCAUUACUUAAUUUUUAUUCUUUCAUUGCAAACCCAGAAACAAAUACCUAUACAUUUCUCUAUAAUUUGGGUUUGGUAGUAAUUUCUAUACUAAUUUUCCUUUAUAACACUUUUGAUGGAUGUGACGGAAAACAAGCUAGAAGAACAGGAAGUAGUUCUCCUCUGGGAGAAGUUUUUGACCAUGGAGUCGAUGCGCUUACCAUGUCAAUUUUGUGUUUGUCCUUUUUAAUUGCACUAGGAGAGACCCCUUAUAAGUCAUCUGCUUUAUUAUCAGAAACAACAACAUUCUUUAGUGAUGUUGGUCGUGUGACCCUGCAUCUCAUAAUGAUGUUUGCAUUUUAUGGAGCUCACUGGGAGCAUUACCAUACAGGUAGAUUUUACAUGGGUUUCGUAUCUGCUAGUGAUGGCCAAUUUGCAGUCAUUGGCGUGCAUUUGGCUUCGUGUAUUUACAACAUGAUUCAAACUGGGUCAAACGUUGUUGGUUUUGGUCAACAAACCAUUUUGGGAAUGAGUCUAGCAUUUUGGAUCAUUUUAAUUACAACUGUGGGUACUUUAGCAUCACCAGCUUUUGCUGUUUUCCACGUGUUAAAACAUUACAGACAACGCUCUAAAAAUAUGGAAAGUGAUCUUUCAAACUCAUACAAUAAUUCACAAGAAGAGGCCUUCCCAAAUGAGCCAAACAUGGAUUUGGAAUCUGGUGCUUCUGCCAUUUCAACACAACAAUUCAAAAAGUACAGCAUGCUCAAAAUGUCCCAAGAGUUAGCAAAUGCUGUGCUUGAUUUGCUAGUAGUAUUCAUCUUUUUUGCCUUGUACUUCUCAAUGACCUUAAUCUCUAGAAUUAUUCCUUCAGAUGUUGCAGGAGCAAAGUCAUUCUAUCAAACCAAUUGGAUUUCUAUUUAUGUUGUUGGAGCUCUUACCUUUGGUAUUUAUCUUACUACCAUGAACAUUGCACGUGUAACCAAUCAACCAUACCCAAGGUUCACCAAACAAUAUGUAAUCAUGCUCCUACCAAUGAUCAUGUUUGUGGUGAAUGGAUUGACCAUGAUAUUUUCAUCAACAGGCCCUCUCAUUCCUGCCAAGGGAUUACUUAUUUUCAAUUUAGUGUGGGCUUCAUGCUUUUAUCUAUUCUUUGCUGUGUCUGUAGUUUGGGAAUUUUGCAAAGGACUCAAUAUUUAUGCAUUUAGACUUUCAUCCCCAACACUCGCCAAUUCAUUUACGAGCAAUUUCCAAAGAAAUGGAUCAGCAAGCCAUUCAGCUUCUCAAGAGAGCGAUGACGAAGAAGAUGAUUUGGAAGCUCAAACGAACAAGCGCACAUCUCCUAGAGCUACCCAACGUGUGGAGCAAUUUUAA